GAUUAAUUAUUAAUAGGAAGUUAUCCAAUAGUGCAGCUUUAAAUCAAGCUCUUCUCCAAUCGAAACUGGUCGGUAUCGCAACGUCUGUUCGCUUCGCUGCAUGACAUCGGUUGUGCGAUGCGGACAGAUUGUUUUGAUCUGUUUUUGCCUUGAUUGACCCCCCCAGGAACUGUCAGUGCCUUGGUCGAUGGCGUGGGACCCCACGGAAUCGUGUGGCACCCCCGGGAGUAGAGUUGGUGCCCACUGAUGUCCUCUAAGACCGAGAAAGGGGACGGGCACAGGGACACAGACAUUGAUCAGGGGGAGGGCAUGUCCGUGGUCCAUGAUCGCGUCCAUACACGUGGUCACCAGUCGAAUGCUCAGUCUCAAUUAUUUGCCACUGCUGGUUGUUCACCUACUUCCUAUAAGGAUGCCUGGAUCUUUGACAUGGCCAACCCAGCCAAGCACAGUAUCCUAGAGAUGAGGAAGGAGAAGUCACGAGAUGCAGCGCGGUCCCGCCGUGGGAAGGAAAACUAUGAGUUCUAUGAGUUGGCCAAGUUGCUUCCCCUGCCGGCGGCCAUCACAAGCCAGUUGGACAAGGCCUCCAUCAUCCGACUCUCCAUCAGCUAUCUCAAACUUCGAGACUUCUCAGGCCAUGGAGAUCCUCCGUGGGUUAGAGAUGGUCCCCCGCCCAAUAAAUCUGUGAAAGGGCCAUCAAGGAGAAGAAACUUGUCUGCAGUUGCCAUGGAGAUCUUUGAAACACAUCAGGGGACACACAUAUUACAGUCGCUGGAUGGAUUUGCCUUUGCUCUUGCAAAUGAUGGUCGAUUCCUGUACAUAUCAGAAACAGUGUCUAUAUACCUUGGUCUUUCACAGGUUGAGAUGACUGGCAGCAGUGUGUUCGACUAUGUGCAUCAACAGGACCACCCUGAACUGGCAGAGCAGCUUGGCCUCUGUCUUCCACAAAACAUAUCAGGCAGCAACAUCCCAUCCCCUGGGUCCACUUCUGAUGAGGGAUCCUGCACCUCCAAUGCUCCACGAUCAGGCAGUCCGCCAUUACAUGACAGAGGCUAUGUGAUGAACCCUAGUCCGAACAAAGGCUAUGACAGGUGUUUCUGUUUGCGCAUGAAGUCAACUCUGACCAAACGAGGAGUACACGUAAAGUGUGCCGGGUACAGGGUUGUGCAUAUUGUUGGACAGCACCGUCCCCAGUUUUCGUUUUCGGUGAAUCGCAAGCAUCCACCACCUGUCCUGGGGUUCAUAGCUCUCGGGAUUGCCCUUCCCCCGCCCACAAUCACAGAACUGAGGAUUGACAACGAUACCUUUGUCAUGAGAUUAUCACCUGACUUCAAAAUCAUCUAUUGCGAACCUAUUGUCUCUGACCUGAUGGACAUCCAGGCGGACGACCUGACCAAUGGCCUCCUGUAUGACUUCUGUCAUGCUGCAGACCUCCACAAGCUCAGGAAGGCACAUGUAGACUUGUUAGCCAAAGGUCAAGUCUUGUCAGAGUAUUAUCGAGUGAUGAAUCGUCAUGGCGGCUAUGUCUGGAUCCAAACCUGUGCUACAACCCUGUUUAAUUCCAAAAGUAUCGAUGACCAAAAUAUCAUUGCAAUUAACUAUGUUCUCAGUGGUAUAGAAAAUGAUCGGUUGGUGUUAGACUCAUGGCAGCUAAAUGGCAGGAGGACACUGGGGCCAGACCCCUCUGAUCACAGCGACCCAGGGGAACUUGGAUCUGAUCCAGAUGGCAGCAGUCCUGUAGACAGAGAGAACAGAACAAAUGGCGACAGCAAAUCUGAGAGUGCAGGACCUACUUCUGACCAGGACGACCGACUCAAAUCUCCGUCCAGCAACGCAUUAGGCGAGAUGGAUAACCUUGGUAGUGAUGCACACAACAGCAAGGCCGGGCUUGACCGUGUGUUCUCUGACGAGUCUGCAUGUACAGUUAUAGAUAGGGUAGAUUCGGUUAGGGAUGGGAAAUUCAGCAGACGCAAGAUGGAGAAGCCCCGCAAGCGUAAGAAGGAGUUUGAACUUGAGGACGACGACACUGAUAAGGAGAGUGACAUGAUGAAAUCUCAGAGGAUUAUCAGUGAGGACUCUCUCUGUGACUUUGUGGGCAAUAAUGUGGCUCAAGACUUAUCCCCAGGCACCCGGAGCCCGGACAUAGGUCCAGUGACUAUGACCUCCGCCACUCCACAGGACCUGUCUCUCAAGGCUAAUGUUGUAGGCAGCCAGUCUGUUGUGGCCAUACAUGGUGAAGUUCAUUCAGACUGGAAGAGGGGGAAGGACAUGGACUGCCAUGGUGCAGUCACUCCCAACUCUGUGAAGGAACUGGAGGCAGUCAUGAACCGCCAUCUUCCUUCUGUUAGUAACCAAAGUGAAUCCACUCAACAUUUACGCUUUAGUGGUCAAUCUGCGCAAAAAAAGUCCACAAUACAAUGGAUAGGUUCCCAACAUUCUAAUAACAAUACUGGGGAAACUCUCCCGGCUACAAAUCUGCUCAGAACCAUCUAUGCCAAUCGCGAAUCUGUCAUCCGCACAAAUACCCGACCAGCCAGUAAUUACUACAGUGAAAUGCCAGUGAACAUGCUGACCCCACCGGGCAGUGAUGCAUUCAAGGAACAGCAACAGCAACAGCAGCAACAACAACAGCAGCAGCCAUCAUUCAUCUCCACAAAACCAACUGUAGCCAGCGGCAGCCACUACCCCAAUGCCACCAUGCCAAACUACACCACCACCCCUCUCUCUGUCUCUAUGCCCAGUACAGCUGUAGACUCCUAUGGCAUGACUCCACCAUCAUCUGUAUCACCUCGAGACAAACUGCAGUCGCCAUUUGGUGACGUAGGAACGUAUAAUGAGUCGGGUUCAGCCUCGUGUGGAAACCUGGCUCCUGAUUCAUCUUCUUCCAGAUUGGCGGCCAAACAAGCAUAUCAGUUGUCAUCAUCAUCUUCGGAGUUCUCCACCUCCAAGUCAACCCCAUCAUCAUCAGCAUCUUCAGCAGCAGCAGCAGCAUACUACAGCGUGUCAUCCUUUCAUAACAACCAUACCUAUCCUGAAGUUAACCACAAUGGCUCUGCAGGGAUCAACUCGUACGAGCCAUGUUCCCGAUCAGUGUUGUCAUGGUACCCGGUUUCGUAUUCAUCAUAACAUUGAUAAUGUAUCGUGUUUAUCACAUGGUUCCGGUGUAGAAUAUUCUGCUGCAGUAUGGCAUGUCUAGUCCUCAAGAAGACAAUACACUGACAUUUGUGAAGCUUUAGAGCACCAAUCCACACAGGUUCUGUCUAAAGACCUCUUGAAGUCAAGGAUCUUUUUCUAAACCAAACUUUUAUUUUAUGGUCUGAGACAAAAAUAUUCAACACUCUGCCAUAAAAAUUGUUAUAUCUGUAUGAAUCUUCUUAAUAAUAAGGAUGCCAUCUUUGGUUUCUGUACCAAAGUUCUGUACAGACUGUGAAAUAGCAUUUAAGAUAAUAUUCCCAACUUUGAAACUGCUGUUGCCAAAUAUGGAAGGAUGAGCAUGCAUCUGUGUCACAUGACAUGUAUAUUAUGAUUCCUGAUUUGUACAUGAAUAUUCAUCAGUGAGAAUCAACAGUCACCACGUCUAUUUUAUUAGAUACACAUUUGUCACAUAAAAAUCAAAGUAUUCUAUGAUUGUCGGUGUUGCGAUGUUCAUGCAUAUGUAAGUGUAUAGCAUAAUUGCUAGAUCAUAACCAUAUUUGACCAAGUCUCAUCUUUCCUUAACACGGCACAGGGGCAAUGGGGUAGUGCUUAACACAUUCACUCAUCACGCUGAAGGCCCAGGUUCAAUUUCCCAUGGAACAAUGUGUGAAGCCCAUUUCUGCCGUGGUAUUGCUGGAAUGUCGCUAAAGACAACAUAAAACCAAACUCGCUCACCCACUCCUUUUGGCAAAUCAGAUACCAAACUGUUUUGACGUGAAAAGCUGCAAGAUGUCACAUAUCAAUGUUAAGUAAACCUUGAAGUGAUACGCCUGUACACACUAUACACUAUACUGUAUGUAGUACAGAUGUAAAAACCUGGCAAUUUCUGUGCAGUGGUUAGUGUGUUUCAAAUGUAAAUGUCAUAGGCUAUGGCAUUUUAGCUCAUCUUUGACCAAAACAUUGAGAAUCAUGACAUCACAUGCGAUCAUGUUCAUCAUAUUAAUCCUGUAAUCAUGACUAUCUUGUAAUAUGUUGAUCUUGCGAUCAUGUGUCUAAGAAUUUAGAAACUUAUGCUUUAUUUUCAAGAAACUUAGAAAGAAGAAUUGAAACUUGACGUCUGCCUGAGAUCCUCAGCUUCACUCUUGCCUUUUGCCUUUCUGCAUUAUUGAGGGGCAGUUGGGUAGGCUAGUGGUUAAAGCGUUCGCUCGUCACGCCGAAGACCCGGGGAUACAAUGUGUGAUGCCCAUUUCUGGUGUCCCCCUGCCGUGAUAUUGGAAUAUUGCUAAAAGCGGCGUAAUACUAGACUCACUCACUCACUUUGCAUUAUUGUGUAAUGCAGCUAUUCCCCCGUCUUUUCGUGCCUGUUAUCUCUGGAGUAUUGCAUUCACUGGAUCAAACUGCUUCUGUUUUUAACAUUUCCACACAAACUCUUUCAACAUGUAGAAAUUAAGGCUUACUUUCAAGCAUUCUUUCUGUAAAUUGCCCAAAGGAAAUUUCUUUUGACACAACUUUAGUGAUUAGUACCGGGUAACGAUAUUGCGAGGAUUGAGUUCUUGUGUCAUGCAGCCCAUGAAGUGAGGCUACUCUUAACUCAUGGUGUGAAGUGAGGGAAAGCUUUAACAUUUGGCCAAACCUUUAAGUUUUUGGAUUCAUGGAUUUAUUUACAAAAAGUUCUUGUUGAUAAAUGGGGGAAAGACAUGGCUUAAAAACAUAAAAGAAUUGGUUCUCAGGCAAUGACUUUGAAAAUAGUGUGGGUGGGCGUUGGCUUUUUUUUUUGCUUGUUUAAACUAGCAUGUAAUCAAAUA